AUGAGAGGGCCAAAGAUUUCACAUCUGUUGUAUGCCGACAAUAGCCUGUUGUUUGUGAAGAACUCGAUGGAGGAGGUGUGCAAAGUAAAAAGCAUUUUGAACCAAUAUGAGAAGGCCUCAGGACAAAAAGUGAAUUUCGAGAAAUCAAGUAUUUACUUUAGUCCUAAUACUCCUGCUGCGGAUAGGAUGAGAUUCUUAAGUGAACUAGGAGUUGUUGAGGCCUCGGACCCGGGGAAUUAUCUUGGAUUACCGCUUGCUGUUGGAAAAGGCAAACGAGCAACCUUUAAUUUUAUCAGAGAUAAGACCGAGAAGAGGAUUCAGGGAUGGACCAAGCGACUUCUUUCUUUUGGAGGACGAGAAGUUUUCAUUAAGUCGGUGGUUCAAGCACUUCCUGUAUAUGCAAUGUCAUGUUAUCUCAUCCCGGAGGGAGUUAUUGAGGAUAUUAAAUCACAAGCGAGAUCUUACUGGGAUCUUAAACUGUUUAAUAUUGCACUCCUUGGUAAUCAGAUUUGGAGACUUAUUCAGGAUGAAAAUUCUUUGGUGUUUAAGGUCUUUAAGGCUAAGUACUUCCCUUCAACUUCGUUCUUUGAGGCGAAACUUGCUGAUAGACACUCCUAUGCUUGGGCGAGUAUAAUGAAGGCAAAAGAGGCUCUUAGGGAAGGUUUUUUCUAG